GUCAUUCCAGACUGGAAGGAGCAGGAGUGGGACCCCGAAAAGCCUGACGCCUAUGCUGGCAUCUUCCACUUCCACUUCUGGCGCUUUGGGGAGUGGGUGGACGUGGUCAUUGAUGACCGGCUGCCCACGGUCAACAACCAGCUCAUCUACUGCCAUUCCAACUCCCGCAACGAGUUCUGGUGUGCUCUGGUGGAGAAGGCCUAUGCCAAGCUGGCAGGCUGUUACCAGGCUCUGGAUGGAGGCAACACAGCCGACGCACUGGUGGACUUCACGGGCGGCGUUUCUGAGCCCAUCGACCUGACCGAGGGAGACCUCAUCAAUGACGAGACCAAGAGGAACCAGCUCUUUGAGCGUGUGCUGAAGGUGCACAGCCGGGGGGGCCUCAUCAGCGCCUCCAUCAAGGCUAUGACAGCAGCUGACAUGGAGACCCGCUUGGCAUGCGGCCUGGUGAAGGGCCACGCAUAUGCUGUCACCGAUGUGCGCAAGGUGCGCUUGGGCCACGGCCUGCUGGCCUUCUUCAAGUCGGAGAAGCUGGACAUGAUCCGCCUGCGGAACCCCUGGGGCGAACGGGAGUGGAACGGGCCCUGGAGCGACACCUCAGAGGAGUGGCAAAAAGUGAGCAAAAGUGAGCGGGAGAAGAUGGGAGUGACUGUGCAAGACGAUGGCGAGUUCUGGAUGACCUUUGAGGACGUGUGCCGGUACUUCACGGACAUCAUCAAGUGCCGCCUGAUCAACACGUCCUACCUGAGCAUCCACAAGACAUGGGAGGAGGCCCGGCUCCACGGCGCCUGGACGCAACAUGAGGACCCACAGAAGAACCGCAGUGGUGGCUGCAUCAACCACAAGGACACCUUCUUCCAGAACCCACAGUACAUCUUCGAGGUCAAGAAGCCAGAAGAUGAAGUGCUGAUCUGUAUCCAGCAGCGGCCCAAGCGCUCCACCCGCCAGGAGGGCAAAGGCGAGAACUUGGCCAUUGGCUUUGAUAUCUACAAGGUGGAGGAGAAUCGCCAGUACCGCAUGCAUAGCCUGCAGCACAAGGUCGCCAGCUCCAUCUACAUCAAUUCACGCAGUGUCUUCCUGCGCACAGAGCAGCCCGAGGGCCGCUAUGUUAUCAUCCCCACCACCUUCGAGCCAGGCCACACUGGAGAGUUCCUGCUCCGAGUCUUCACAGAUGUGCCCUCCAACUGCAGGGAGCUGCGCCUGGAUGAGCCCCCCCGCACCUGCUGGAGCUCGCUGUGUGGCUACCCUCAGCAGGUGACCCAGGUACAUGUCCUGGCGGCUACUGGCCUCAAGGACUCUUCGACAGGGGCCAACUCUUAUGUGAUCAUCAAGUGUGAGGGGGACAAGGUCUGCUCAGCUGUGCAGAAAGGGACCGCCACACCUGAGUACAAUGUGAAAGGCAUCUUCUACCGCAAGAAGCCGGGCCAGCCCAUCACCAUCCAGAUCUGGAACUACCAUGUCCUGAAGGAUGAAUUCCUGGGUCAGGUGCACCUGAAGGCUGACCCGGAUGACCUCCAGGCCCUGCACACCCUCCAUCUCCGAGACCGCAGUAGCCGGCAGCCCAGCGACUUGCCGGGCACCGUGGCCGUGCGCAUCUUCAGCAGUGCCUCCCUCACAGCUGUCUGACACCUUUUCAUCUAUCUGACCCAACAGUUCUUACCACCACCUGCAUGUCCCCACCAUGCCUGGGUCCAGCCUAGGAGCAAGACACCGGGGUCCUUUUCUCACUCUUCCACUGCCUUGCUGUGUGACUUUGGGAGAUCUCUGCCUGUCUCUGAGGACCCCAAAGCAGUCCCUUCUCAUGGGUGGGCGUCUUCUUGCCU